CUCCCUAAAUGCAUCCUCGGAAGGGGCGUGGUCUGUGGGAGCUAAACUAAACAGAUUGAACAGACUAAGCGGCGCUAUUUUAAAGCGGUUUCUGGUGGUAUUUUCAGAGCUGAGCCGCUGCCAUGACUACUCUGGAUGACAAGCUGCUGGGUGAGAAGCUGCAGUACUACUACAGCAGCAGCGAGGAUGAAGGCAGUGACAACGACGAUGAAGAUGGGGAGAGGAAGACCAUCCGGGACGCGGGCGCCACUGAGCCGGACAUAGACUACAGUGCAGACGGAAGUGCUGUCAACACAGGGCCGAAGGGAGUCAUCAACGACUGGAGGAAGUACAAGCAGCUGGAGGUGGAACAGAAACAGGAGCAGAAGAAAGAGAUGGAGAGACUGAUAAAGAAGCUGUCGAUGACGUGCCGCUCCGAUCUGGACCUAAAAAAAGACAAAGAGGAGGAGAAGAAGCUGCAGGACAAAAUUAAAAGCAAAAUGACCAUGCAGGAGUACAACAUGCUACAGGAGGACGAGGACGACGAAGACUUCCUCCGGCAGUACCGCACGCAGCGCAUCGAAGAGAUGCGCCGCCAGCUCUGCCGCGGGAAGCGCUUCGAGCGGGUGCAGGAGCUCGGCGGCGGCGAGGAGUUCCUGGAGGCGCUGGACAAGGAGGACAAGAGCACGCUCAUCAUGAUCCACAUCUACGAGCCGGAGAUCCCGGGCUGCGACGCCAUGAGCGGCAGCCUGCUGUGCCUGGCGCACGAGUACCCGCUGGUGAAGUUCUGCUGCGUGCGCAGCUCGGCCAUCAGCAUCAGCGCGCUGUUCCGGGAGAGCGCUCUGCCCGCGCUGCUCGUCUACAAAGGAGGGGACCUGAUCGGUAACUUCGUGCGGCUCACCGAUCAGCUCGGGGAGGACUUCUUCGCCGUGGACCUGGAGGCGCUCCUGCAGGAGUACGGCCUGCUGCCGGAGAAGCCCGCCAUGGUCCCGAAGACGCUGCGUAACGGAGCCAUCAUUCAGAGCAACGCGAGCGACGAAGACUCGGACCUCGACAUAGACUAGGCCUGUAAAUAUCUGCUGCUCCGCUUGGUAAAGCCGCACACCCAGUCUGCAUGGACCAUGUAUAUUUAUUUAUGUGAAGCCCUUGUUUAGAGAUUCUGCCCUGACCUCACAGCAACAAAGCUAAUAAGAAAAAAAAAGCAGGAGAAAUCAUUCACUUCAUGUCAUUCCAUUCUGAAUAUUUGGAUGAGGGUAAAUGUCACUUAUGAUCACUGUUUAAAACACAGCAGGAGUUCUGCUGUUGCUGUACAUAUGGUUCAUUUCUUUCCUCAAGCUCUGUCCACUACUUGUGUUCAACACAUUCCUUUGUCUUAUCAUCCAUGUUUCACUCUUGUGAAUAUCGAACCUUCGCCUCCAGACUGACCUUUUUAGUUUUGUAACUUUUAUAUGUGCUGUACCAUCAAAUAAACUGCAGCGUGUUUCAAAUCAA